UCUAACGAGUGACUUCAUUUAGUCAGAAAGUCAAAUCAUGGAAUGCAAGGCUUAAUGGGGCUGGAGUUGAGUGUGAUGCGGUGAUGAGCCGAUAUCGCGUUCGUGCUGCGACGGAGGGGCUAUGCACUCCUUUGCUUUGCUUUGCUUUGCUUUUUGCAAGACCUAAUUCAGCUUCGCUGGAGUCUGGGUUGCUGCUGAUGCUUUGCUUGAGCCAUUCCUAUUACCUUGCCUUGUAUCGGUCUGCUUUGUUUUUGGCAUCUGCUACCUCGCUGAGGUCUUUCGUGAUGAGUUUAGAUGAAACCUGUAACAACUAGUAGUUCACCGCAGCGAAUACCCUACCUACCAGCAUCCUGGCGAUGAAUAUGAAAUUUGCUCUUUCCAAGGCCAAUCGCAUAUAC